UCAACAGCAGAAAGGGUUGUUACGUGCCGCGGAAGCAAUAACAAUGAAGAUUUUGAUAGUCUAUGCUAGCAUUCUGUUGCUCCAAUACGCUGCACCAGCUAGGCCCACUAAUAAUGGACUCAGCCCUACCGUUUACGCUCAGGCUAAAGCAUGGGACUUGAAUAGGGCGAUCGUAGAUGAAAUGUGGAUCAGCCGAAGGCCGUGGUUUGUCACAGCAACUAAUAGUGCCGGUGAGGUGACCCGGUGGGUCUACGAGAUAACUCCCAAUGGAAGGAAGCUACUGAGGAAAAUACGUGACGAGUCGAGGUAUCCGGUAGCCAAAGUACCAGAUCGCCCCAAUUACCCACCUGUUGCGUAUGACUAUUGGCAAACAACGCUUAGACAUUUUGAUUUCUUCAACAACGCCUUCCUCAAUCGGAUUGGACUUCCUAGUUCCGAUAACAUAUUCCACAACUUUUUUAGGCAGCAAUUUCCAAGACCACCGCCGUGUUUUUGUCCACCAUGUUUUUCACCAAGUGAAUGCCGCCCCAUUAAUGUUCCCGCAGAAGAACAACCUAAGCUCGAUGAAGGCGAUCUGGAUUAUGUUCCUGAACAGAAUCCCAUUGGCAACCCAUCCCAGCCAAGUGUUCCCCACGAAACGAAACCCAUAUGGUUCCCAGUGUCGGAUAAACCUUCCCUGCCCACAUUGGCACCCAAAGGCGACGGCAUCGACACUGCCAUCGAAGACUUCUUGGAAAAACAUCGCAUCACUGUCGCUGACAUCGAGAAUGAGGAUGGGGAGCUGGUCAAGACGAUUGUGAACAAGCAGGGACGGGUCCUGAGUGUCAGUUUCAAACUGGGCAAUGGAACAAACGAACAGCCGUUUUAGACGAUCUGAGCAUCUUUAAUUGAUAUAUAUGUCACUAAUUCUUUUGGAAAAAAUGUAUAAGUUCGCUACUCGCGGUACCUUUUUGAUUUAUUUUACAUGUAUCACUAAUUCUUUUGAAAAAAACUUAUGAAUUCGCUACUCGCGGUACCUUUUCGAUUUGUCUAACAAGCAAAUAUCUGUGUACCUGAUUGACAGCUAAACUACAAUUAGUAAGCUUAUACAAGUUAAUUUCAAAAUAAAUAAAGACUUACAAUUUCAA